GUAGAGAAGCGUCAACGGUCGAUGAUGCUCUACCGCAUCCUCCCUCGGCAUGCAGUCGUUCAGCUGCGGAGGAGGAAGCAGGUGGUCGACGUCUUUGACGUGGCUUCUGUCUUCUUCUCCGACCUCGUCGGCUACACGGACCUUGCAGGAAAGACGUCUCCUAUCGAGAUCGUCGCGAUGCUCAACGACCUCUACACCAAGUUCGACAGGCUCGUCGAGAAGCAUCACGUGUGCAAGGUGGACACCAUUGGCGACGCGUACAUGGUGAUCGCAGGAGCAGGAGUUCACUCCACCUGCGAUGGGCCUGAAGCUGCUUCUCGGGUGGCCAAGUUCGCGCUGGACGCGCUGGACCUGGUAGCACGGAGUGACUAUGGCAUAAGGAUGAGGGCAGGGAUCGCCUCUGGCCCGGUAGUCGCUGCUGUGCUGGGUAGCGCUGUCCCCAAGUAUAGUUUCUUCGGAGACACAGUCAACACUGCGAGCAGGAUGGAGAGCACUGGGGAAGCAGGCAAGCUGCAGGUGACGGAGGAGACGAGGAACCUCCUUGAGCAGAGCAAGAGCAAGUUCACCAUCAUUGAGCGGAUGCAUGCCAAUGGACAGGCAGGGGUGUUGGUGAAGGGCAAGGGGCUGAUGCAAACUUACUGGAUU